UUGCUACAAGCGAUAACAGCAACAGAGCAGUUGAUCAGAUCCAAUAUUGAUUUGAUUCCCAUCAAUAAUUGGGGAUUUUCGGAUGAAAUUUUAGAGAAACUCAAACAGCGUAAACAUAAACUUGUCAAUGAACACCUCAGCAAGGGUCAGUCAGUUCAAGAUUUGCUUNGGCCAGGGAUGCAGAGUAUGUUAUGUCGUCUGUAUCGAUGCUCCCAUCUGAAAUUUCACAAUUCAAUUGGCUGA